AAUGUCGAAGUAAACACUAAACAAACUUUAUGAUGGUUUACGAGUGAGAAAGAUAUUAUAUUCUCCGAUUUUUAACGAGUAUAAUUUGUGAAAAAUGGUGAAAAUAAGUGGCUUCGUGACUGUUUAGUGCAUUUAUAAUCUGAGGUGGCUUUUACGUGAGCUUAUAUGUCUCUUUUCAUCAGUAACAAAUCCGUACUCAAAGCCUAACAUUACCCAUCUCUUUGGAGUGAAUAGAUUGUUUUGUUGACCAUCUUUUGUUCAAUUGUUCAUGAUGGAUGUUACCCCCAAAUCCAAACAACCCGGAUCAUUAUUAAAAAGGAGGCCCUCCGGACUUUCAAGUUUCAAUUCAAGAUCAACCAGGACAAAACUCCUCAAACCUGACGACCGCAGCCCCCCAGCAGAAAAGUCGAGAAUUCUGGAGGAAAGUACUGAAUCCAGCGUCUCAGCCUCCGAGCAGCAAUGCACUCCUGUACGACAGUCAGUUUUGAAGAAUGAAAUGAGCCCACAGUAUCCACAUUUGUUCCGAAUAAACGAUGACGACUCUCCAGAGUUCAGAGUCGGAUGGGUUGAUGGAGUUUCAGGAAGUCUACCGAGGAAAGAGAACACCUACCUGGAAUCAUCAAUCACUUGCAGAAGUAUUAUAUCUCAGCACAUGAGAAGACCAACAAAAAGGAUUGCAACCCCACCUCGACUGAAGCAGCAUCUCAAGACUGCAGAUGUAAUGGAGUACAUGGAAUGGACUAAGAAUCUAGUCAUGGAAGCUCAGACUCCUUCACCCAGCGAACUACUUGCAGCCAAUUCAGCUGAGGGUAUCUCGGGCUGUGUCAAGGUAGAAGACGCUGUUACGGUAAAAGAAACUGCAUCCUUGAGCAGGAGGUCACUGCCAGUUUCAACGAUCGGCAUGAAAGAGAAUUUGGAACUGAACCGGAAGUCUCUACCUACGGAAUCCAACUUUUCCAAUUUCUUUGACGACUCAGCCAACGAUGACAUGUUCAUGAAAUGCAGUCAAGCUGUUGAAGAUAGCUUACUCAAAGAUAAACAGACCCACCAAAUUACCUCCUCAAAACUGGUGAACAAUAAUAACAUCGUCUCAGUAAAAGGUGCUCAGCCGAAGCAGCGGCAAUCGAACCCUGCCAGGCCCAAUACGUCGGGACAAGUUCCACAUCAGUCAAAAUCUAAUUGUAUCAGCUCAAACAAAUUCCCUACGUAUAAGUUACCCUCACAAGCAGCGAAUAUUAGUAAUAAAGUACAAAUCCCUGCAACUGCCAGUGUGAAACCUCCACAGCAUGUCUCUGCUACAGCUAGACCGGGUGCAAGUACUGUGAUUCCUUCAAAACUGUCCUCCGAGCAGAACUCAUCGCCCAAUUCUGAACCUCCUGCUUCAUCAAGAGAGCUGCGCACUGACAUCGACCUCCUAGAUGAAGAUGAGGAGUUCCUGACCUCUUUGGACUUGCAAAGCCUGUCGCAAAUGAAUCUCCCCCAAAGUGCAAUUCCCUCAAAUAACAAUUCAAGUGGAGGUUGCAGCGCCGCCCCUAAUCCUUCAAGUAACACAAAUGCUGCAGCUAAAGUCAAUCAAAGUGCCACAGUCUCCGUAGCCAGCCGGAAAAUUGUUUCUCUCCCUGCCAGCUCAAAUAUUUCAAACCGUACCACAAAUCAAAAUCAAAGAGUAACAGCACAUACUGGAAAAAUUUGUACACAAGAAGCCAUUAAAAGAAAGCGUGAGGAAGCGCAAAGGCGUUUGAAAAGUAAAAUGAUGCGGCAUGACACAUUAUAAUUAAGUGUUCUGGGUGAUCAUUUUGCAUAUAUCACAGAGAUUCCAAGUCCGAUCUUUCUGGUAAUGGGCCACCAGACAAUGUAUGACUUUAAGCACUAUGCAACGUAUUAGCUUCUCAAAAUUUAAGAGGAAAAUGGAUCACAUGACGGGAAGUUUGAAAAUCAACAUUUGAACAAAAUAUCGAUGACCAAAGUGUGAAACCUAGUUUUUUUUUCUUUAUUAAUAAAGUAGGUGACUACAAAAAGUAUUAAUCCUGGAAACCUAGUACCUCUCUUGUAGUGUUUCAAAAUUGCGCCUCCUACUUUAAUUUUUUUUAAGUGAAGCAAGCCAACUUAAGUUCAAAAUUUUUGCAGAAUAUUCCUCUAACAGAGAAGAUAAAUCAAGGAAAUUUUCAAGAAAUUGCGUUCACUACCUAGUUUUGUUUUCCAAAGGAACAAUAUUGUGUGGUCAAAAGUCUGCAAGGUCAAAAAUGAAGGUAUGUGGUUUCGAACUUUGGCCAUCAGUACAAGUGUUUACAAUUAACAUUAGUUAAUGAGCAAAAAUAUAAAUGACGUCAUUCGUAUAAUCAGAUUUUCAUUUAAUCUGUGUCGAACAUACUUGUUCAGGAGUUGAUUUUCAAACUUUAGAGUGUGUAAAUUGUUUCCUACGUAAGAUUUUGACAAAAAAUUAGGUGCCUUUUCUCUGGCUCAGAACUUGUCUAGUGGCGCAUUGGACUCUACGAAAGAUGAUUCUUUCGACCUCUUUACUAUGUUUAUUAAAUUCUUUUCUAUAUUUUGUUAAUGUUUUUGUAUGCCUACUAAUUUAUGUAAAACUUGCUUGUUAAGAAUGUCUCAAGCUUGUGAUUGGCUGUACAAGCAGCAAAAAUUUACAUGUAUGUAUUUUCCUGAAACCUUAUUGCAUGAUCAUUUGCAAGAUUUGGUUUGGAAAGCACCUCUUGUAGAUUAUUGUUUAUAUUGUUCUCUAUACAUCAUUCUAGGUGUUCUGAGUUGUUCAUUAAAAUUGAUUCAUUUUCUGUUGGUA